AUGUUGGACUUCCCGUUGCAGACCAGCGAGAUUGCACCAGGCAUCUAUCAAAGCCGUGUGGAUCAGACCGGGCAGUCUGCCUUGACCGAGGCAACGCAGACCACGACGCACCGGUUGGAGGAGCAUGGGAUGGAGGAGGUCUUAGACGUGGCUCAUCUCAUGGACAGCGGCAAGGAGGCUUGGAGUUUAGUGGCUUUGAAGCUGCACACAGGUCGUACGCAUCAGAUUAGAGCACAUUGCAGUCACCUGGGUCACCCACUGGCUGGAGAUGAGGCCUAUGGAGCCAGUCCAAGCAGUCCAAGUCCUCGGGUCUUCCUCCACGCUUUCCGCCUUGAAAUCAAGAUCGAGACUGUUGGCGCCAUCGCCAGAGAAUGUCCGUUGCUGGGCGACUUACUCGAGGUGCUGCAGCACUUGCAGCCGGCAAGUUCCAGCGAUCAUUUGCAGAUGCUUCGCGCCCUGCACGCCGCACCCUGA